AUGGCCAAGACGAAGCCGGGGAAGAAGGACCUCGAUUCUUACACUAUCAAAGGGACUAACAAAGUUGUAAGACCUGGUGACUGUGUGCUGAUGAGACCCUCUGAUUCAGACAAGCCACCAUAUGUGGCGAGAGUUGAGAAAAUCGAGGCAGAUCACAGGAAUAACGUGAAAGUGAGGGUCCGCUGGUAUUACCGGCCUGAAGAGUCGAUCGGGGGCCGAAGGCAGUUCCAUGGGGCCAAGGAGCUCUUCCUGUCAGACCAUUUUGAUGUGCAGAGCGCCCACACCAUCGAGGGAAAAUGCAUCGUGCAUACUUUCAAGAACUACACCAAGCUAGAGAAUGUGGGCACGGAGGAUUACUUCUGUAGGUUCGAAUACAAGGCUGCUACCGGGAGCUUCACUCCUGACCGUGUUGCUGUCUAUUGCAAGUGUGAGAUGCCUUAUAACCCGGAUGAUCUCAUGGUGCAAUGCGAAGGAUGCAAAGACUGGUUUCAUCCUUCUUGUAUGGGCAUGACAAUUGAGGAAGCCAAGAAAUUGAACCAAUUCUUGUGCUCUGAUUGUUCGUCUGAUGAUGACGCCAAAAGAUCUAUGAACUCGUCUCCUGUAUCAGCAACUGGCGAGGCAAAGGUGGAGCCAAAGCGCAGAAAAAGAUGA